UGCCGGCAUGGGGGGAGGUUAAAGGUUCUGGUGGUCCCUGAGCCCCUCCAUGUGCAUCACAUCCCUCUUCUCCUAAUUUUCACCUCCAAGGGGCAGCUGGAGUUCAUCUUGUCUGGCCGGGGCUCCAGCUGCCCUGGCUUGCCCCAAUAAUGAUUUACUAGCCGGGGGGAGCCACUCCCCGCCUCCACCCCGCGGACCUUGGAGCCGGGGCCUGGCUACACUUGUGGCUCCUCUCUAUCGAAAAUGUUUUCCCUGGGGUCCUGGCUCCCAGCGUUGCCCGGGCUGGCGUGGGGCUGGGCACUGCUGGAUGCGCUCCUGCAAGGUGAGAUCCCUGAGGGUGGUGUGGGACAGCCCAGGGGACACCAGUGACCCACUGCUGCCUUUCCCCACAGGGCUGGUGGGUGCCUGCGCUGUCUCGGUGCUCUGCAGCCUCCUGAAGGUUUAUCUCUACAUCCAGUGUGCAAAUAACCCCGAGAGGCAGGCAGAGAAGGAGGCGAUCGCGGCGCGGCGGCCGCUGCUGGAGCCGCUGCAUGUGCUGGUGCUGACCGCAGUCCUGGCCCUGGUGGGCUCCCGCGUGGCCGCGCUGGUGGUGCUGGAGUUCUCCCUGCGUGCUGUCUCCACCAUCCUCUCCCUUGGCAAGGGCGCGCACAGCAGCCAGCUCUACCUGCUGUGCCAGUACUCGCUGGGCUGCGGGGUGUCCUGCGGCCUCACCUUCCUGCUGGAGGGGGCUCCGCACCGCAGCUGCAACCUGGCUCUGGCGGCGGGGCUGGCGGGGCUGCUGGCGCUGCACGCCCGGCGCCUGGCCCGGCACGUCCGCGCCCUGUACGAGCUGCACAGCCGGCAGCGCUACUGCGGCGUCUGCAUGCUGCUGCUGGCCGCGGGGCACGGCAUCCCGCGCCUGCUGCGCAACGCCCUGGCCCUCACCUUCGCCGUGGCCGACCUGGCCGCCGUGCAGCUCAUCAACCGCGACUUCCUCUCCACGGGCGAGGCCGUGCGCUUCUGGACCCCGCUGAGCAUCUGCUACACCCUGCUGGUUGUCUACAUGCAGGAGGGGUCCCGGCAGAGCACGGGCAGGGGGCCGGCGUUCCGGACCAUCGUGGUGCGGAUGGGCGGCCUCUUCAUCCUCCUCCUCACCGUGGGCCGAUGGACCGACAUCCUGCACGUCUUCGUGUCGCUGCUGGGAGAGCUCUGGUGCCUGCUCCGCUCCGGGGUGCUGCUGGAGUCCUGCUGCAGGCAGGAUUCUGCCCAGCAGCCUGGCGUGGACAGUCUGUCGGGAUCCGGAUCGGGGGAGACGUCCCGAUGAGCCUCAGGGUGGAACCGGACAGCAGAAACUCCGGGUGGCUUCGCUGGGCACACCAGAGUCCCCCAGCACACAUCCCCCAUGGGGACCAAGGAAAAAGGCUCCUGGAAGGCAGCCAACCCCAUCCUAUGGGAUGGAGGAGGUCGGGGGAGGGCUUGUGUUGCCUCUGGUUUUUGGGGGAACCUCGUGAGGUUGCAGCACUGCUGGGGUUUGUUCUCUGGUCCCAGUGGGACUGCAGAAUGCUGAUGGAUGUCCCAUCGUUGCUGGCAGCUGGGCCACACUGUCAGGGGCCUCCAGGGGGUUAGAAAUCUCAGAAAAUAAAGGCUUUUUAUCAGCAAAAUCUA